AGUGUAGCUGCGGAGCGGCACGUGGUCCGGUUCCCGAGCUGCUGCUGGUGCUGCAGCAUGAGCAUAGCCAGGCUGGGCGCGCUCCGGCGCCUGCACCGGAGCGGGGCCGGGGCUGGCUCUAGGGCAGAGCCGGCGCUGCAGCUCCUGCAGGCGGGCUGCCCCGCGCCCCCGACCCCGCCCGCCUGCAGCCCCCGGCGCUGGCUGCACCAGCAACAGGCUACGGGCGGCGCCAGUGAAAUCCUUCAGAGUUCAAAGAAAGUCUUGGCCUCCUUGAAGAGAGAACACCCUAUGCUUAAGCCAACGCUUGCAAUUUUACAGGCAGGAAGUUAUGAUUUGGUGCAAGAGAUGAACAAGAAGUUGGCUGAAGAGAUUGGUCUACACAUUAUCCACAUUUGGCUCCCUGAAGACAGCAGUGAAGAUGAGAUCGUUGGUGAAAUCUUGAAACUCAAUGAUGAUCCUACGGUUCAUGGUCUUGCCCUUCACCUCCCAGAAAAUGCCUAUAGCAGCAAAAUAUUAAAUGCAUUGAAACCAGAGAAGGAUGUGGAUGGAGUAUCAGCUGUAAACUUAGGACAACUGGUGUAUGGAGAUGUUUACGACUGUUUACCUUAUCCCACUGCCAGUGCUGUGAUAGAGCUUCUUGAAAACAUAGCAGAUAGAAGUAUAGAUGGAAAGAAGGUGCUACUGGUUGGAACUGCAGCACCUCUGGCAGCCUCUCUUCAGUGUCUACUUCAGAGAAAAGGAGCCAUGGUUAUGAGCUGCCAGUGGAAAACGCAGCAACUUCAGAGCAAGCUGCAUCAGGCAGAUGUGAUGGUGAUAGGUAGCAUCAAACCAGAAGAGAUUCCAAUCAGUUGGAUAAAGCCUGGAACUACCAUUGUUAACUGUUCUCAUGAUGUUUUAUCAGGCAAACUUUGUUAUGGUCAUCAAGAUGUAAAGUACGGUGAUCUUGCUGCUGAGGAGGCUCUAGUUUCUCUGGCAGUAGCAAUACGAAUGCAGAACAUGAUAAAAACCACUGAGAGGUGGAUCCGGUCCCAGCAAUACAGGAAGUGGAACCUCCAUUGCUUGACACUUCAUCCCCUCUCCCCAGUGCCCAGCGAUAUUGAGAUUUCCCGAGCACAGAGUCCAAAAGCUGUUGAUGUGCUUGCCAAAGAGAUAGGAUUGCUUGCAGAUGAAAUUGAAAUCUAUGGCCAAACCAAAGCCAAAGUACAUUUGUCCCUGCUGGAGAGGUUAAAGGAUCAACCAGAUGGAAAAUACAUCCUAGUUGCUGGGAUAACACCCACCCCCCUUGGAGAGGGGAAAAGUACUGUCACAAUUGGUCUUGUCCAAGCUCUGACUGCACAUCUUGAUAUCAAUUCUUUUGCUUGCUUAAGACAGCCUUCCCAAGGACCUACCUUUGGAGUUAAAGGUGGAGCAGCAGGGGGUGGAUAUGCCCAAGUCAUUCCAAUGGAAGAGUUUAACCUUCAUUUGACUGGAGAUAUUCAUGCUAUUACAGCUGCUAAUAAUCUGCUGGCUGCUGCUAUUGAUGCUAGGAUCUUGCAUGAAAGCACUCAGUCUGAUAAGGCUUUAUAUAGCAGGCUGGUUCCAGUAGUUGAUGGAGUGAGAAAAUUUUCUACUAUUCAGCUUGCACGACUGAAAAGGUUGGGAAUAAGCAAAACUGAUCCUGGCACUUUAACAGAAGAAGAGAUCAGUAAAUUUGUACGUCUUGAUAUUGACCCUUCUACCAUUACAUGGCAAAGAGUAUUGGACACAAAUGACCGAUUCCUACGAAAAAUAACAGUUGGGCAAGCAAAUACGGAAAAGGGAUUUAUCCGUCAGGCUCAGUUUGACAUUGCAGUUGCAAGUGAGAUUAUGGCAAUUUUAGCACUGACCACUAGCCUGGCAGAUAUGAAAGACAGGCUGGGAAAAAUGGUGGUGGCCAAUGACAAAAAUGGACAACCUGUGACAGCAGAGGAUUUGGGAGUAACAGGGGCUUUGGCAGUUUUGAUGAAGGAUGCAAUUAAACCAACACUAAUGCAGACAUUAGAGGGGACUCCUGUAUUUGUGCAUGCUGGACCUUUUGCCAAUAUUGCACAUGGGAAUUCUUCUGUUUUGGCAGACAAAAUUGCCCUUAAACUAGUUGGAGAAGAAGGAUUUGUGGUAACUGAAGCUGGUUUUGGUGCUGAUAUUGGGAUGGAAAAAUUCUUCAACAUCAAAUGCAGAACCUCUGGCUUGAUUCCCAAUGUGGUUGUGCUUGUUGCUACCAUAAGGGCUUUGAAGAUGCAUGGAGGUGGGCCCAGUGUAACUGCUGGUGCCCCUCUGAAGAAAGAAUACACAGAAGAGAAUCUCCAGCUGGUAGCUGAUGGCUGCUGUAAUCUACAGAAGCAAAUUCAAAUUGCUCAGCUCUUUGGAGUUCCUGUUGUGGUUGCUCUAAAUGUCUUCAAAACUGAUUCCCAUGCUGAGAUUGAUUUAGUCUGUGAGAUUGCAAAGCAUUCUGGAGCAUUUGAUGCAGUGCCCUGCAAACAUUGGUCAGCUGGUGGUAAAGGAGCAGUGGAAUUGGCUCAGGCUGUGAGAAAAGCUGCGAAUCAGAAAAACAACUUCAGAUUUCUUUAUAAUUUGGAGCUUCCUAUUGUUGAAAAAAUAAGGAUCAUUGCCCAGAAGGUCUAUGGAGCACAGGACAUAGAGUUGUCUCCUACAGCACAAAUACAAAUCGAUCAUUACAGCCGACAGGGAUUUGGAAAUCUGCCAGUCUGUAUGGCAAAAACUCACCUGUCCCUCUCCCACCAGCCUGAAAGGAAAGGCGUUCCAACUGGCUUCAUUCUGCCCAUCAGUGAUGUGCGGGCCAGCAUUGGAGCUGGAUUUAUUUACCCAUUGGUAGGAACGAUGAGCACCAUGCCAGGACUGCCUACAAGGCCUUGUUUCUAUGACAUUGACCUUGACCCUGUCACAGAGCAAGUAAAAGGAUUGUUCUGAGAAGCAAGAUCCAAAUUCAGAUUUCUGAAAAUAGAAACUGCAACUUCUCUGUUUCCUGUAAUAGGAGACGAGAGUGAAUUUGAAGUAUGCCUGUUAGAUGCCUCUGGAAGGAUAUCAAGAAAACCAUAGAGCAAAAAUCUACUCUUCCUGCAAAACAUUUUUUGUGACAGAAAGUAAUCUUAAAUCUAAGAACAAAAUAUUACAAGCUAAUUUAUUCUGUUUACAGCAGAGAAGUCGUCUACCAUAUGUACCAUUGCUAACAUAUAUGAAUGUUUGUUUUACAUCUAAAAUGAUGUAACAAAGAGGUGAAAUUUUCCAUGCUAUGGUUUUAUAUAUUUUUGUUUGAGCUGCCAACAAAAGAAUUUGCCUUAUCAGUUGCUAUCUAAAAAUUAAUAUGAACAAGAAGAUACUGCAUGGUAAAACCUGUUGCUCUUGAACAAAUAUAGUUCAUCUCCUGGCAUUCGAAAGCUACACACAAAGCAACUGCAUAUUUCUAAGUUAUCAGUCAAUGUGCUUCUUGGGGCACUGUUAGGAAGAGACAAAUUUGAAAUGAGAGGGAUAUUGGAGAAAAGAACACAUAUUUUGUAGAGAUCUUUUUCUAUAUGAAACUUGUUUCCUUGAUAAGUUAGCAAGCUUUGAAUCACUUGUAGUGUGUCUCCUAGUCAUGGGUAUUUUUAUUUGUCAAAAGAGUUUAUCAGAUAUAAAAUGUCAGUAUUUUUGGUCCAUUUUGUUUCCUAUUUCAGCUACAAAUGUGUGGGGAAAUCACCUGUUUAGGGUGACAUAAACUGUAUUUUAAGUUCCAUUCUUUUGAAAAAUGUGAACCUCCACUAUUGUGUCCCAGUGAAGUAGUUUUUUUAUGUUACCUUGGAAGGUUUAUGUUAAAAUUGGAAGGAUUUCCCUGAAAUGCAAAGCUAUGGCAGCAUUUUAAUAUCAAACAGAAGUAGUGACUUAAACUGGAGACCUUUAUGAUGUUGUGUUCCAGUUAUCAGACGGUUGAGAAGUUUAAGGGGGUGAGGGACAAACAGCUGUUAUGUUACUUUUAUGCACCUAUUGAAAAAAUCACUGGUACAGUGAUGGGCAUAUGUUAAUACCAUUUCCUUAUUCAUGACUAGCUAUUCAAGUGUCUGUCUGAAAACAGAGACAUUAUUCUAAUGCAUAUAUUCUUCUGGGCUGAUUCAUUUAGUGAGCUCCUUUGCACAGUGUAAUGGACAUUGACAUCGUUAUAAUCUCGUCUGUCAGAGCAGAACAUCCAAAAAUGUCUUAUUAUUCAGAAGAUCCUUUGCCUGUCAUCAGUCCAGUACUCAUGAUUACCUCACUGGAUAUAAGGGCCAGCAAUGUCCCUUACAUCCAUAAUGUCUGGUCUCUCUGAAGAAGUAACAUUAAUUUUUAAACUUCUUCAAGGUUCCCAGUUACAUAAUGUUGAUCCCUUCCACUUAUUUAUGGACACAGACCAAUGUCUCGACCCUCCAAAGGUGACGCUAAUCCACUCCAGUUGUAGCAUUUUCUGAGAUUGCAUCAUGCCAGGACAUCACUGUUGCUAUGCAAGGUCUGGUUAAACUAAAUUCCAAAAAUCCUUUCUUUACUUUUUUUUUUAAUAAAUUGGUUCAUUGCCUUAUCUUUUGCUCUAUUCUGAUCAAUAAGUGCAAGUUAUAGUUAAAAAUGUAGGCAGUUGUUUGCUAAGCUCAUGUUCAAGAGCUGCAUGUUUACUAGGGCCUGAUUUUUCAAACACAUGGGCACACAAAGUAGUAUGGUAACUUAAGCCACACAUUUAGAUAUGGGAUUUUUUUGGAAUCUUUAAUUCCUGCCUGUCAGAGACAACAGUGUGGUAAACUGAGGCUGUCCAUGUGAUGGUGUGGUAAUGAUGGGGGUGAAUUGUUACAAUAGGAUGUGGCUUUUUACCUGUGUCCUUGGGAACAUUCAAUUCAGGUUUAUGCCUAGGGGAUUCUGUCAUGCUGGUUUCUAUAUAGUGUGUAUCCUGUCUGUGGUCAAGGACACAAUGAGUAGUCAUAAAGGCAAAGUCUCCUUGGAGCCUAGAGACAGAAUUUAGGGUCAGUCAAGACUCUGGUUUGCAUUUUUUUAACCCUCAUAUAAAAUUGAAUUAGCUUCAUAGUUGAAUUGCACUUUCCUUCAAGCAAGUACUCAGAAGACUGCGGAAUAGAAUCUUGCACUGUGGGCUCUCAAGCCAUCAGAUGCUUUCCCUUUGUUUGAAUAUAGUUUUGGGUUUUUUGCCUUGCAGCAAUCCAAAAAUAAAAUAGAGGAUUCUGAAAAGCGCACAGAAUAGUGUGUUCAGCUCGUAAGCUUUCGAAAUGGCUCCAUCUCAGGAAACACUCACUGAGUCCAACUGCUGGUUCCUUCAUUAAAAAAUGAAAAGAGCAACAACUAAACAAUGGAGCUCAUGAAGACAAUAAACCAUUGUCCUUCUAAGCAAAAACAGUGAAAUAAUGACAAGAAAUAGUUUUAUUUCCCCAGCGACAUAUUCUUCACCUCAGUGCUCCACCCUGCUUACUCACAUCUGUAUGUUACAGGCUUAUACAAUCUCUCUGUGGUCUUAUUUACACUUGAGAAUUCAUUACAACACAGAAUUCCUGACCUAACUUAGUUCUGCAGGGUCUAAAUCUUGUUUUAAAUGUAUACCCAAACUGUGCUUUAGUUCAUUUAUUGGGAGCUAUUAUGCUAUAACUUCGUCCCCCAAUAUGAGAGAAUUAGAGCGAAGAGAUGGGACUUAAUUUCAUGUUGCUUAACAAGAUUGGCUUGUCUUGAAAAUUUAGCUUAGGCUGGGCUAGACUCUAGGGCUGCUUACAGACGUGGGGAAGAAAACCAAAACAGCACUUUACUUUCAGCUCGGUGCACCCCCAUGCCGAGCACAGCACAUGCCCAGAAGAGGCAUCGCAUUAGUUUGACCAGCCUAACCUAGCAUCUGUAUAGAUCGUUCACUUCAGUGGGGCUUUUUGGCACUUUUAUCUAAUAGCCAAAAAGCCCCGUUGAAGCACCCAAUCUCUACAGAUGCUGGGAAGUCAGGUCAAACUAAUGUGCUUCCUCUUCUGGUAAAGCACUGUUUUUCUGUUUCAUUUUUUCCAUGUCUGUGAGCAGCCUAGAUGUUCUCUGAUUGUGCCCAUUUGAGUAAAAUUGUGUUUCAGUAAAGUAGUUGCUAAAGGUUUAAGAACAAUUUUUCAGAUAAUUGUAGCUAAGGACAUUUGCCCAGAAAGUUUUCAUGGUUUUUUUUCUGUUUUAAACUGCCCUAGGCUAUGCGGCACAUUACAACUAUAUUACAACAGCAUCUUGCCACACAGUACUACUUGAAGUGCAGGUAGAACUGCGCACUCGCAGGAAAAGCGGUUCUUCUGGAGUGAUUCUUUAAAAAACUACCUCUGUGUUUCCCAGAGAACUUUUGCUCACAACAAACAAGUUUUGCAUGUAGUUCUACCACAGCUAAUUUUGUUCUGUUUCAGUGAAGGCCGACUCCAUAGCACUAGUUGGUUUUAAAGAGUUUGUUGUUGGUAGAGAUUCUCAGUGAGACGCUCUGAGAUGGAUCUAUUUUAAUGAUCCAUUUCUAAAUCAUAUUUAUUAUGCAUACAUGUUCUGUAUUUUACUUGUUUUGAAUGCACUGUGUGCAAGCGAUGGGGGUUGUUUUGGUAUUUUGCUGUUUAGGUGCAUGCCACUUUUCCUACUUGAACUAGUUCUGCUCUUUAGUUGUCUGCAGCAGGCAAGCCAGUUAAGAAAGCUGAGAGAGCAUGGAGCCUGCAAUUUCCAGACAAUCAUCUGUGUCAUUGUAUCCACUUACCAAGCACUCCUUGAGCGUUCAAAUCAUUUUCACUUCUUUUCUUUUCUUUUCUUUUCUUUUCUCCCCAACACAAAUAUCCGCUAAAGCAUUUGAACUAGUCAGUUGCAGCUUCCUCACCCAUUUUUUCUUUCAGGUUUUAGACUCUAUCUUCAAAAGCUCAUAGCAUUGUCCCCACCCUGCUCCUAUUGAAAUCACUGGAACUUUGCCUUCAGGUUUGCUCAGUAGUGGAUCCAGCAACAGGGCAGUGGGGUGCAACUUCCUCCCACCCCACACGCACAUGCAUACACACACAUUUUGACUAUACUGUGCACACUCAGUGAGCUCUGUGCUCCCUACCUGGUUAGCCCUGGGCUCCUGCCAGAGCUCCACCUGAACACUGAGCUUUGAGCUCACCAGCAGAUUUGGACAGUGUCUGGCUCCAUGGAGGCCCUGCUUUUGCAUGCCCCUGAAACCUUGGGCAUGAGCACUGCCACUGUUUGUCCUUCUCCCUCCCACUCCCUGCUGAACUCAGUAGCAGGGGAAAGGAAGGAAGGAAUGGCGGAGGCUGAGACUCACAUAUGACACAGCCAAAGGGAGGGGGCAGUUGCGUUGCCACACCCUCUCUGGAACCACCCCUGGGUAGCUCACUAUCCAGCCAUCAGUGAGCAUUUCUCAGAAUCCCACCCUUUAUGUGCUACUUUUCUUUCAAUUGCUUUACUCAGAAUGCUGCUUAGAUAUUUUGUAUUCUUUAAAGUAAAAGAAAGAAAUAUUAUGAUUUAUAUAGUGUUGUGGGUAUGCAUGGUUCUUUAAAAAGAAGACCAGGUCUACCCUGAGAAGUCUUAUGAUGUAUGGGAACAUAAAACCAAUUAGGGAAGGCAACAUGCAGUGAAAGUUGCUCAUUGCAGGGGUCUGAUCGGUUAACUAGUGCAAGCUACCUAUGUAAUGACUGUGCAUGCCUGCAGGUUUGUAAAAGAUUUUAGAAUGUAAAAAGCUUUUAAAUCGGUCUUCAUGCUGAUAUACAAACACUUGUGAACAUGUUGCUGUAAAAGGCUUGGAUAUUUAUGAAGUCUUUAUAAAAAGCUGCAAGAGUCUCCAAAGAUAAAUCUUGGGUGGAGAAAGGAAAUGAAGCAAUGAUAAACUGUUAGAGGCUCUUUCUUCACAGCAUUUUGCAGACAAACAGGCAAGUGUUAUCUUAAGGUUACCAAAGUGGAAUGUGAUGUACAAAAAAGCCAGGUGAUUUCCUUAGUCAUUCAAUGAGUCAGUUACAGGUCUGGGACUACAACCACAAGUGUCCUGACUCUCUCUUCCAGACUCUGCCCCCUUGACCAUUUUUUUAUGAUGCAUUCUUCUCUCCGGCAAAAACAGACUUGAACUGCUUUUUUUCUGCUUUUAGCAAAAAAAAUCUGGGCAAAUUAGAAGCUGAGUGGCAACGCACAUUAACAUUUCUAUCCAUGGAUCCACUUUUUUUAAUGGAAUUAAUACUUAACAUUUGCUAUUGCUAGAAUAAAUGAAUCUGGAAUAAAUUAAUAAAAUAUUUUCAAGCUCCUUGAAA